GCGGCCGAGAAGGGGCACGAGGCGGUCGUGAAGCUGCUGCUCGACACCGGCAAGGUCGACCCGGACGCCAAGGACGGCGUCGGACGGACGCCGCUGUUGCAGGCGGCCGAGAAGGGGCACGAGGCGGUCGUGAAGCUGCUGCUCGACACCGGCAAGGUCGACCCGGACGCCAAGGACGGCGUCGGACGGACGCCGCUGUUGCAGGCGGCCGAGAAGGGGCACGAGGCGGUCGUGAAGCUGCUGCUCGACACC